UAACACGUCUUGUUUGAAUGUAACUGGUAUGAAACUUUGUUCACAGAUCGUUAUAUCAUAUUUGGUCGUAAUGACAUCAGUCAAUCAGUACGAAGCUGAUGAUGACUGGAUUUUCGAUGUAGAAGUGACGCAUCUAUAAAAAAAAUAAUCCUUGGCUGUCAAACUUGUGUUGCGCAUGGCGUGCGAACUGUACACAUAACCGGUAUCUUCGGUUUUUUAAUAUUGUAUUUCUGUUAAAAUUUAUAAUCGGAGUGAUAAUAGAUACUUUUCAUGUUGAAUAUAAAAAGCGUUAAAAAAUAUGGCCGGAUUGCAUUUAAUACAAACGUAUUCAUCCGACUCAGACGAAGACGAGCAAGAUGAGAAGAGAGAGGAUCAUAAAAUUGUAAACAAGUUAGCUUUACCUGAAAGUAUAUUAUCAUGGAAAGGAGUUGCGUAUAAUGAAGAAGUGAUCGAUGAUCCGCUGGAUCACGACGGACGAUUACGAAGCUUUAAACAUGAGCGCGGUAAUUGGGCAACUCUGAUUUACAUAAAUUAUACACCCAGCGAUUGCCUUCAUACUUGGAUAACAUCUGUGUUGAGUGAACUGCCUGUUCAAGGGAACAUCAUUUCUAGUCUUCAUAUUAGUCUCAGUCGUACCUUGGUCUUAAAGUUUCAUUGGAUCGAAUCGUUUGUGGAAGGCAUAAAGCUGUCGUGCCGUAGAUUUAAUAAAUUUGCCCUACAACUCACGGAUAUAAGGGUGUACUGUAAUGAGGAGAGAACUCGCACAUUCCUCGGAAUUUAUUGUCAAGAUGAGGAUGGAAUGUUGAAGUGCCUAACAGAAGCUGUCGACAAUUUACUAGCUGAAUAUCAAUUGCCAUCGUUUUAUAAGGAUUCUUCAUAUCACAUUAGUUUCUUCUGGUGCCUUGGAGAUCAGCGAGCGUGUUUGAAAGAAAUUCUGCCAUCUCUUACGAACAGUUUAAACAAAUUUUUGGCGGAAAACAUGGAAGAUGCUUAUGUGCACGUCAGUGAGAUACAAUGCAAAAUUGGAAAUAAAAGUUUUAGCUUUGAAUUAAAAUAAUAAAUUAUACAAAUUAGGCUGUAAAAUCUAUUUUAGGAAAUUAUAUAUACAGCACUUAUUAUCAAAAAGCAAAACUGUCAUUUAAUUGCUUCUUUCAAUUGAUUAAACCCGAUUCAACUGAGUUUUUUUUUUACAGAGCUUUAAAAAUAUUAUAUAAAAGAGAGAUACCGAUUAAUAAUUUACUUAAAUUAUAA